AUGGGGUCCGUUUUUCUCCCUCAUCUACACACUGGAUGGCAUGUAGAUCAAGCUAUACUCUCUGAAGAUGAGAGAUUGGUGAUAGUGCGAUUUGGUAGAGUGUACGAAAGAGAGUGCAUGAUCAUGGAUGAGUUUCUAUUUGGAAUUGCCGAGAAGAUAAAAAAUUUUGCUACAGUGUACUUGUGUGACAUCGACGAAGUUCCCGAUUUCAAUUCCAUGUAUGAGCUAUACGACCCGUGUACGGUAAUGUUCUUCUACCGAAAUAAACACAUGAUGUGUGAUUUUGGAACUGGUAACAACAACAAGCUAAACUUUCUAGUGGGAGAUAAGCAGGAGUUGAUAGACAUAAUCGAGACGAUAUAUAGAGGUGCUCGAAAAGGAAAAGGUUUGGUGAUUAGUCCAAUCGAUUAUUCUGCAAAACAUUAA